UUCAACUGAUCACAAAAGCUUAGUUAUAUAGGGAAAAGCAAGUAGAAAGAGGCAGGCAAGGCAAUGGCUUCAAUUGUAACAUCUUCGGCUGUGCCUCAGUUAGCCGUGCCUCACCGGCUCAGGCUACAAUGGUUGCACCAUUCACAGGCCUCAAGUCUACUUCAGCAUUCUCAGUAACCCGCAAAAACAAUACUGACAUAACCUCUAUAUCCAGCAAAGGUGGAAGAGUUCAGUGCAUGCAGGUGUGGCCUCCAGUUGGAAAGAAGUUCUUUGAGACUCUCUCAUACCUGCCACCUCUCUCCCAAGAUCAAUUAGCCAAGGAGGUUCAUUACCUUCUUCGCAUGGAUAGGGUUCCUUGCUUGGAAUUUGAGUUGGAGCACGGAUUUGUUUACCGUGAGAACCACAGAUCCCCUGGUUACUACGACGGACGCUACUGGACAAUGUGGAAGCUCCCCAUGUUUGGUUGCACAGAUUCAGCCCAAGUUCUUAAGGAGCUAGAAGAAGCUAAAACAGCUUACCCAAAUUCAUUCAUUAGAAUUAUUGGAUUUGACAACAAGCGCCAAGUGCAGUGCAUCAGUUUCAUUGCCUAAAAGCCUGCGAAUGUUUAAAAUUCUGAGGCUUUUUUAAUUCGUGGGCAUUCAUUUCUUUUUCAGAUUUUUGUUUCACAAUUCCCAUUUUGUCAAGUUUUUCUCUCUUCUGGAAUUGAUUUGAAAUGGAAUUAAAUUUUACAGGUUUC